GAAAACCGAUAAAACUGGCCUUGACAGAAAUAUGAUUCCCACUGAGCGAGCACAUUUCAUCUUGUAAAAAUGGCCUUCGAACAGCUUAAAUUCGAGUCCUUUCUGACUACUGCCGCUGUAUUAAUUCUAACAGGACUUUUAUUCUAUAUCUGGAACAAAAAUCGUAGACUUCCUCCAGGUCCAUGGGGAUUACCAUUUAUUGGUUACUACCCAUACAUAUCUAACCAGCCAUACAAGGUUUUGUAUAAAUUAAGCAAGAAGUAUGGGAAUGUUAUUAGUUUUCGUACUCUUGGAGGAAAUCUCGUAAUAGUUCUGAACGAUACAAAAACUAUCAAAGAAAUCUUUGUUAACAGAGCGGAUGAGUUUAUCGGAAGACCUCAUGGAAAUAAUUUAGUAACUUGGGUUUCUGAAGGACUUGGAAUUGCACAAGAAGAAGGAGCACCUUGGAAGGAGCAGCGGCGUUUCUUCUUACACAAUCUGAAGAAUUUUGGAGUUGAGAAAGCACAAAUUGAAACUCUAGUCAUAGAUGAAAUCCAAAGCAUGCUGCAAGAUCUCAGAAAGACUGAAGGAAAACCUAUAGAACUUCUGCCACAUUUGGCUUAUCUCGCGCACAGUGUUAUAUCUGAAGUGUUAUUCAGCAAAAAGUUCGAGAAGAAUGAUCCGAAGUGGUUGGCUAUACGCCAGGGUACUCACGCCAUGGCGGAAGUUUUCGCAGGAAACAAGUUUCUUCUUGUAGGAUGGGCUUUUGAGCCAAUUUUUAAGGUACUGAUGGAGCUUGUACUGUGUCUCAGAAUCCAUAAAAUGUCACUAGUCGAACAGAGUGUAAUAAAGUGCUUUGCUCAAGGCGAUAAGUUCCCAUCUGAAGAUGGAGCAAUGAUCAGAGUUUCUGAUGCUGCAUCUGAUAUCUCCUUCAGGGGUGUAACUAUAAGUUUAUG